CCUCGUUUUGAAUGCCCGUUUACGUAUCGACAAUCGCCCACCAUCAACACUUCUUUCUUUCCGGUGUGGCUCGUUGAACAGAUCGGACGAAAUGGCUGCACACAAGUCGUUCAGAAUAAAGCAGAAGCUGGCUAAAAAGCUGAAGCAGAACAGAUCGGUUCCCCAAUGGGUCCGCCUACGUACUGGCAACACAAUCCGCUACAACGCUAAGCGUCGUCACUGGAGGCGUACCAAGUUGAAGCUGUAAGCUGUUGAUUCCAGAAGCUCCGCAAUUUGUUGAAAUGCGGAUGAUCUUUUCAAGAAUAUAAAAUAAAUUCGUUUAAAUUUCUCGGAUUAAA